AGAAAUUGUUCAAUACAAUCCAAAAUUGUGUAUGUAAAAAGGUAUUUUAUAAAUGAAAUUAACAGUAAACGGUUUUAUUAAUCAACCGGACCAUGUAAAUUAAACAUGCGAUAACGAAAAAGUACAUUUUCCAAGUCAUAUAUUCAGUGUUAAUCGUACAUAUAAGUUGUAUAUUGUAAAAAUAUAUUUUGCUAAAAUGGAUGGAACUUGGGUCCUUAUUUUGCUUGCUCUGGUGAUGCUAGUGGGAUCCUAUGUUGCUGGCAGUAUACCUUUGAACGUGACGAUGUCUGAGGACAAGCUUCAAAAAGUAACAGUUUUCGGAGCCGGCCUCCUUGUGGGCACAGCUCUGGCCGUGAUCAUACCCGAAGGCGUUCGUUCCUUGUUCAGUGAACGAUCACAUCCUACGGUAGUCACGAAGGACUUUACAGCCGAGCCGCCGAGCCAUGACGACGACUUACAUUCCGUUAUUGGAAUAUCACUUGUACUCGGUUUUGUGUUCAUGUUGCUGGUGGACCAGAUGUCUGCAAGGUAUAAUGAUCAGAGUAACCCGGUGGAGAAGAAUGUCACCGCCACUGUUGGCCUUGUGGUCCACGCUGCUGCCGACGGUAUAGCUUUAGGUGCGGCCGCGACGACGUCUCACGCUGACGUGGAAUUAAUAGUGUUCCUUGCUAUCAUGCUGCAUAAGGCACCUGCAGCAUUCGGUUUGGUCACGUUCUUACUGCACGCUGGACUUGAGAGGAAUAGAAUUCGUAGACAUCUGCUGAUAUUCUCGUGCGCAGCUCCGCUACUAGCUCUGCUUACCUACUUCGGUAUUGGAAACGAGAGCAAACAGACGCUAAGCGAUUUCAACGCCACUGGUAUAGCAAUGUUAUUCUCAGCUGGUACAUUCCUAUACGUGGCUACAGUCCACGUAUUGCCCGAACUGACUCACCCCCAAUCACACACACACACGCUCCUACCAAUGCAGGAGGGGGUAGCCCCCAAAAAGGGUUUCGGGGGCCUCCUACUCUCAGAGAUGAUAAUUCUAACCGUAGGCGCGCUAAUGCCCCUACUUUUAACAAUGGGUCAUAAGCAUUGAUCUACAAAAAUGCUUGACAAAUAAUGAUUAGAUUUUGUUAAAUUAUAGGUCAUUUUUUGUGUUGGGACCAUUUUUUCUAGGGGCUGAUUCUUUGAAAGACAUUAUUUUAGGAUUAUUAAAAUAAUGAGUUUUGCUUGUAAAAAUUAUUAAUUUUGGCACUGGUAACAUUAUGACAGUACCCCUACUGGACUAUGGACUUCCUCCACAAAAGAUUGACAUUAUCUCCACGCUUGGUAGACAGGUUGGAGAGUUCUCAAUUGGUGUACAAUGCGUAUCUCAUGAAAUAUGCGCACUUAUCUCCAUUCCUUUGAGAAAUCAUGUCAAAUGUACAUACAAUACACAAAGAUAUUUUUUUUAUAACAACUAUCGUGAGACAUACUAAAUUAACUAAAAACCGUGAGUAACACGCGAUUCUUAGUUGAUAUCAUUUUUAUUUAAAAAAAAUUCAUGUAAUAUAUCCAAAGAAUCGCCCCUGUUGUUAAUUUUUGUAUAUUUUUGAUUUACAAAAUUGACUAAGUAUAUAUUUAUACAUAUAUAAUAGGCGUGUCG